GAGCGGCUGCAAGGACCAGUCCCGGCGCGGGGCUGCCCGCCCCGUCGCGGCCCGGCCCGUCCCAGCCCGUCACGCCGAGGCCGGGCGCAAGCAUGGAGACGGUGCUGCUGGAGCACUUCCCUGGGGGACUGGACUCCUUCUCCUCGCCUCCUUAUUUCGACGAGGAGGAUUUCUUCCCCGAGCCGCCCUCGCGGGACGCACUGGCCACCGACGGGCUGCUGGAGCCGGACGUGGACUUUCUCAGCCGGCAGCUUCAGGAGUACUACCGCGACAGCGGCGACCCCGAGGACGGCUACCGCUGCUCAGCUCCGGCCACCACCUUCCCGCCGUCGCCCGCCUCGCCCGGCUUCGCCUACGAAUGCUGCGGGGCGGCGGGCGCGGCGCUGCUCUCGCCGGGGGGGCCGCUGCAGGCGCUGAGCUCAGCUAAGCGGCGGCGGCGAGUGCGCUCCGAGGCGGAGCUGCAGCAGCUCCGGCAAGCGGCCAACGUGCGGGAGCGACGGCGGAUGCAGUCCAUCAACGACGCCUUCGAGGGGCUGCGCUCGCACAUCCCCACCCUGCCCUACGAGAAGAGACUCUCCAAGGUGGACACGCUGCGCCUGGCCAUCGGCUACAUCAACUUCCUCAGCGAGCUGGUGCAAUCCGACCUGCCGCUGCGCAGCGCCAGUAGCGAGAGCCCUAGUCAGCCCAAGAAAAUCAUCAUCUGCCACCGCGGCACAAGAUCUCCCUCCCCGAGCGACCCCGACUACGGACUCCCACCUCUGGCCGGUCAUUCCCUGUCGUGGACUGAUGAAAAACAACUUAAAGAACAAAACAUCAUCCGGACAGCCAAAGUGUGGACUCCCGAGGACCCGCGGAAGGUGAACAACAAACCCUCCCUCAACGACAUCGAGAAUGAGCCUCCUUUCGACUUCGUGGCGUGAGACGCCACGCGGGUGGCCCCCAGUGGCCCCUGCCCCACUAUGUACAUGCUGUAUGUAGAGACUUAUAUUGUAAAUGUAAUUUAAGAUUCAGACUCUAAGGCAAUCAGCUUUAUUUAUCUAUUUAUUACGGAGUAGUGACAAUGAGGUAGAAUCAUCUGGUUUCGAAGAUAUAAUUUAUAUAAUUUAUCUUGAUUUUUAUUUUUUUUAAGAUAUGCAAUAGGCUAAUUCCACCAGCACCUUUUGGGGGUUUUUGGGGGAAAAUAAUAAUGCCAGAACCUGUGAAAAUAAUUUAUUUGUCGCACGUGAGACUCUUCCUGUGUUUGUUAAUAAUAAACCCGGAUUGUACCUUGUGGAGCAGUGUAUUUGUGAGAAGCAGCUGCCGAGCCCCCUGCCACAUCCUGAGGAAGCCCCGCAUUGAACGACCGAUCCCC